AUGCACCUUCAGUCUCUCACCGUGCCACUGCUGGCGGCAUCGCUGCCGUUGGCCUCGGCCCAGCUCGAGUACUACGCCAAGAAAGCCGGCCUGCUUUACUUUGGUGCCGCGACCGACUCUCCGGGACAGCGUGAACGCGCAGGUCUGGAGGCCUCCUACACCCAGUACGAUGCCAUCUUAGAUGACAUCAAUGAGUUUGGCCAGACCACCCCGACCAACGGGCAGAAGUGGCUCUUCACCGAGCCCGAGCCCGGCGUCUUCAACUACACCGAGGGCGAGAUCGUCUCCUCCAUCGCCGAGGAGAACGGCCAACUCCUUCGCUGCCACGCCCUCGUCUGGCACAGCCAGCUGGCCCCCUGGGUCGAAACUACCGAGUGGACACCCGAGGAGCUCGAGGAGGUGAUUGUCCGACACAUUACAAACGUUGCGGGCCACUGGAAGGGCCGCUGCUACGCCUGGGACGUCGUCAACGAGGCGCUCGAGGACGACGGCACAUGGCGCCAGUCGGUGUUUUACAAGGUGCUCGGCGAGGACUACAUUAAGCUGGCGUUCCGCACGGCGGCCGAGGUCGACCCAGACGCGAAGCUCUACUACAACGACUACAACCUGGAGAGCGUCAGCGCCAAGAGCGAGGCGGCCAGGGGCAUCGUCAAGAUGCUCCAGGCUGACGGCAUCAGGAUCGACGGCAUCGGCAUGCAGGCUCACUUGGUCGCCCACCGCGCGCCGACUCUGGACCAGCAGAUUGAGGUCAUCAGCAGCUACGCCGAGCUCGGCGUCGAGGUCGCCCUGACUGAGUUGGACGUCAGGAUCGAGCUUCCCGUCAACGAGACCAACUUGGAGUGGCAGAAAGAGGCCUACAAGGCUUCCGUUGGAGCCUGUGUCCAAGUCCCCGCGUGCGUCGGAAUCACUAUCUGGGACUUCUACGACCCUUUCAGCUGGGUUCCCUACACCUUUGAGGGUGAGGGCGCGGCCCUUCUCUGGUUUGACGACUUCAGCAAGCACCCCGCCUAUGACGGUGCCUUGGAGGCAUUGAAGAACAAGACCGCUCCUCCUUGCAGGAGGCGACGAGGACUUGAUUCCAGCAAGAGCAGGAAGCUUCUUUAA